AUGGCCUUCAACACUUCAUCCAAACCCAUUAUUACUGAGGUUGUCUUGCUUGGCUUCUCUAAUCUCCUCCAGCUUCAGAAACCACUCUUCUUCCUCUUCCUUUUCAUGUACAUACUGACUUUGCUUGGCAAUGCUUUGGUCAUCCUCUUGAUCCAAAUGGACCAUCACCUCCACACACCAAUGUACUUCUUCCUCAAGAAUCUCUCCUGGUUGGAGAUUAUCAUCACCACAACUGUCACACCUAAGAUGCUAACCCUCCUCAUCUCAACAGACAACACCAUCUCUUUCUUUGCCUGUGCCUUGCAAGGAUACAUCUACUUUGUGGCUGGCUCCACUGAAGUCCUUCUCUUGGCUGCCAUGUCAGUGGAUCGCUAUGUGGCCAUCUGCAGCCCACUGAGGUACACAGCUAUAAUGAGUGCUCGAGUCUGCCUGCUGAUGGUACUAUCUUGUUGGCUGUGCAGCUUCUUUUCCAUUUCAGCCUCUAUGGUACUGAAGGCUGGACUGCCUUUCUGUGGCCCCAAUAUUAUUGACCAUUUCUUCUGUGACAGUGGUCCUCUGCUAGAGAUGAUAUGUUCUGACAUUCACUUCCUCCAGGCCUUAGACCUGGCAGUUUCCUGCUUCAUGCUUCUCAGCUCUGUAUCCGUCACAACUGUCUCCUAUAUCUGUAUCAUUAUCACGGUGAUGAGGAUGCCGUCUGCCAAAGGCAGGAAGAAAGCCUUUGGCACUUGCACCUCUCACAUCACUGUGGCAUCGCUUUAUUAUGGCAGCUCCAUCUUCAUCUAUAUCAAGCCAUCUGGCAGCUCUUCUAUAGAAUUCAACAAGAUUGCCACAGUAUUCAACACGGUAGUGACUCCAUUGCUGAACCCCGUUAUUUAUAGCUUCAGGAACAAGACGGUGAAGGAAGCACUGAAAGAUGCACUGAGGAGAAUGCAGGCUGCUUUGCACAGUGAGGUCUAG